AUGAGUGAGAGAUCGCACAUAGAGAACGGUGACAGACUGCGUAUUAGGUACACUCGCAACCGUAUUGGUAAAGUGCCCUUGAAAUGGUAUCUCGAAAAUCACGACCACAUCGGCUAUGAUAUUUCUGGCAAAAAGAUUGCCCGCACUGUGAAGACUUCCGAGAUAGAUACUUUGCUCAGAGCGGCCGAGGAUCCUGAUGCUUGGCGUACCAUCACUGACAUCAAGAAUGACCGGGAAAUCAAACUCACCGACACCGACCUUAGAAUAAUACAACGCAUACGGAAGGGCUUCUUCCCUACUGGUCGUGGCGACGGUGAUGAGGAUGAGGAAUUCCAAGUCGAGUACGAAGAUCGCAUCGAGGACAAGAUUCAUCCGCUGAGAACCCGUUACCCGUCGAAGAAGUCCUUCAUGCCAGACCAGGACGAGGCUCGGAAGGUCAAGAGGUUGAUAAAGCUGAUAAGGGCUGGUAUCAUCAAGCCUAAGGAGGAGAGGCCUGGGAAGGAGGAGGAAGAAGUGUUUGACGCUUGGGCUGACGAGGAAGAGGGAGAUGAGGGUCCAGCGCCAAUACCGGCACCGAAACAGGCCUUGCCUACUCAUGGUGAGAGUUAUAACCCUCCUGAGGAGUACCUCUUUGAUGAC